UUACCUGACGAAAGGUCUCGACCCGAAAUGUCGACUGUACUUCGUCCUAUAGAUGCUGCCUGGCCUGCUGACUCUGGUCCUCCAGUGCAGAGGACGCUGUGGGGCUAAGCUUCUCCCACCCGAGAGGCAAAGAUUUUUUGCGUUCUUUUGUUGAGGCAUUGACGGAGACGUGAGUAUCAGUCUGAGGUCCGGUCUGUGGCUUCCUGAUGAAGGGAAAAAAGGCAGCAGCGGUAGCAGUAGCUGAAGAAGGAGAGGUCGAGGGACCGUUUUACUGCGCGGUUUGCAGGCAGACCUCUUUCCGCGGCCGGGGGCACAUCUACGGCCUGAAACACCAGGAGAGGCUCGGGGCGCUGCUAGGCCGCUUCCAGCAGAAGGUUGAAGAGGCACGAAAGGUUCUCUCAGACGUGAAAGUGGAGAAAUAUGAUUUCACCCAGCAUGAGCAGAACUUCUGGUGCUACUGUUGUAAUGGGGAUGUGAAGAAACACAUCACAAAUGGAAGCCUUGUGGUGCUGUAUGGAGGACUGUUGGAACACUUUGCAAGCUUGGAACAUUUGAAACAAACCAACAAAUUCUGGUGGGAAAAUAAAGCUGACAAAAAGUUAAAAGAGAAGUUUCUCCUCUCUGCAGAUGCUUAUGAGAAGUUCAAAAUGGCUGUUGCAAAGGCAGUGGAAAACUAUGAAGAGAAAGCGGAUGACUACAUUAAACAGGAAGCAGAAUAUAUUCGAGAAGUGGAUCGAAGAAGGCAAGAGGUAGUACAGGCUGCCUUUGAGCCACAGGAAGAGCUGAAUUCACUCGAUGGCUGCAAACACUGCGAGUUCAAUUGUUAUGAUGGUCAUAGUCAUGGAAACUACAACAGCGAAGAGAUAAAACCUGGACCGAGUGGAGUGAAUUCCACUUGUCAUUCUGAUGAUAGGAGAAAUGGACAAACCUUGACGUUCAUUGGUAACCAGUUCUUGAUACCGGAAUCAGAAAGUGGGAAUAUUCACACAGGUGCAACUCCACCCUGGCUUAUUGAUGAGGAGGAUCCAAACACUGCACAAAAAACAAUUGGACCUUCUUAUGAAGAGUUUAUCCAGCAAAGAGAAAGAGAGAAACUGAAGAAACUUCCUCCAAAUCGUGUUGGUGCAAAUUUCAACCACUUAUCAGAAACAGAUGAUUUCUGGCUGCCUUCAUUUGGCAGAGUGUGGAAUGAUGGCAGGAGAUGGCAGUCCAGGCAUCAGUUCCGGUUAGAGGAAGGCAAGAAAAGCAGAAAACGGAAGAGAUGACCAGUGGAACUGAAGACUCGUGCAUUUUUGUUUAAUUAUCUGAAGCUAUACAUCUUGUUAAUAGUGUUAUAUACCCUGUGGGUAUCUUGUGAUGUAAUUGAGUAUCUUGUGAGCAUUAUGUAAUCUUGUAAUUUCCUGCCAGUGUGAGGACACGUGAUGACAUGUUCCAACAGGUAUAAAACGGGGAAGCCUGCUGUGACGCAGGAGUUUUUGUGUUCAGUUGUUGUUUAAUUCGUCAGUUAUUCCAUUAUGUUGUGUAUGUCUCAUGACGCAGUUUCGUUUUAAAGUGGAGUUUUACUUCCUACUGUAAGGUACAGAAUCGUUGUGCUGGCAGUUUUUGCUAAUUGCUGCCAGUUAUGUUUGAUGUACCUUUGAUUUAAAGUCUAAGUAUUGAAGAGUGAAGACUUUGCUGAAGUGCGGGAACUCAAAAGGAUCGAGUAAAGUUGGUGUCGUCUGCGGUUUACUACAGGAUCAACCUUAUUGAAUCUUCUUUCAAGAAGUAGUGACCUGCAUCUGAGAUAACCCUUACCUGUAAGAGUAGAAAGGGUUGUGCAGUGUUCAUUCACCAAGGAAAAAGUCAGUUCCUUUAAGCCAUUUAUUUCCUUCAUUGUGAAUCCUUCGGGCAAGACAUAUACCGGCUGGGAUCAGCAGUAACAUCACGUCAUCGAGGAAUUUGUUACUUCAGGAAAGUCUCUCCUAAUUGACUGUAUAAAUCACUUGGACUUUCACAUUUACCACUUUAAGGCUGUGUUCCCAUUUAACACGUUAAGAACUGUUCCAGAACUGCUGUAUAGCAGUUAACUUCUGGUUAAGUUGGUUGUUUGUUUACAUUUUAUUUUUGUUGAGUAGAGUUUAAUAAAUGUUUAUUUGUUUAUUUAAAAAAAACUGACUCAAUUCUAUAUUCAGAGACAUACUGUAACAAUAGAUUAAUUUAAAGUGCAAAUGUUCAGUUACUUUGCUCAGUACGUGAAUAAAGCUAAUGACUAAAUGAACAU